UUAAUCUAAACCCUUUUGCGGUUUUCCUAUAUAAAAAAAAAAAAAAUUAGUCAAUCAAACAUUGUUUUAUUAUGAAAUCUAGGCCCUCUAUCAUGAAUUAUGGGACCUCACAAACAGACGUAAAAGGCGUGUGUCCCCGCCCCAGUGUCGGGUGUCCCAAACUCCCAACUCCCAUCACCCCAUGGUCUCAUUCUCAAAUUCUCAUCACUUUCAUUCAUUCAAAGUCUUCCAGCAACUCUAAAAAGUCCAAAGAAACAUAAACCUGCUCCUUCUCAAUUCUUCCCAGCAAAGUUUCAGUUAUUUUUUCUGAGCAACGGUCAGUCAAUAACACAAUCCCCACGAUUCCCAGCAACGUCAACCACGUUCCCUCAUCUCUCUCUCUCUCUCCUUAACUAACACUUUGUUGCUAACUUUAUUUUUGCUUAAUUGAGAAGAAGAUAAAGAAAAUUUGGGCACUCAGAUUAAUUAAUGGAAACUACACAUAUUGAAGGUUACCUUACUUCCAGCUACAGAGAAUCUUUUGCUUCUCAAAGACAUGUUUCUUACAGCUGUGGUGCAUGUGGUUAUGAGCUGAAUUUGAGCUCUUCUAACCGGAAUACUGCAACUAUUGGCUCGAAAUAUGGAAAAUCUAUAAAGAGAGGGAUCAUCUCAUUUUUCCAAAUUGAUGAGAGCAGAUUUAUGAAGGUUGAUGAUGUCAGAUGUAUACCUUAUUUCAUAUCGAAGAAUUCUUGGGGUUUAUUUCGUAGAAGAACCAAACUCCUUUGUCGCAAAUGUGGAAACCAUGUUGGCGAGGCUUAUAAUGAUAAAAAUUGCUCUUAUCCACUUGUACCUGAUGAUACAAAUUCUAGUGAAGCUGUCACUCACAGAAAAUUUGACAUCAGAAUCCGUGCAUUGCAACCAUCAUCCGCCGAUCAAACUGGUACUCCUCUGGUUCAUUGAUGUAGAGAGAGUGAGUUUCUGUUAUGCACUUUGUACCAUUUAGCUGUAUUAAUUGUGAAUGCCAAAUGAUCAUCAAAUGGGUUCAGCAGCUCAAUUGCACAUAAUCAAGAGCACCUCUGUGUAUGGUGAAGAAAAAGACGGUAAUUAUGUUAAGAUAUGUUUUCUUUGUAAACUGUACAGUUUUCAAGUGAUAUAGGAGUAUUGUGUUUGAAAAAAGGAUGAUGUUUAGUAGAGUGAAUCCAGGAUUAUGCAAAUUUGAAAGCUUAAUUUUCGUGUGCUGCAGGAAGAUUAAUUUGUGAUACGGGGGAGUAAUGUUAAAUUGAUGAAGUGACUUUAUUUAUCUA